UUCGCUAUGAAGACAGUAACACCGUGACGCUAACGACAUCUUCGAGCACGAUCCGCACCUUGUUAUCGACUGUAUGUCGAUAGCCACAAACCACUGGUGUUUCUGUCGAAAAAUCGAAGUAAUACGAUAUUUACAGAGCUUUAAGCGUAUUUACAUAUAAUUGCAAACGUACAAAAUCACCUUUGAAAUGGCCACGAUCGCUCGUACUUUGCGCCCUUAUUUGAGGUACAUCCGCAGUCAAAGGACUUAUGCAGAUGCUGCUGCCAGUGAUCAAAUGAAAUUUACUUUUGCUGGUGCUAAUCAGGUGUUUUAUGACAAAGCUGUAAUUCGUCAGGUCGAUGUACCUUCCUUCUCAGGUUCCUUUGGUAUUUUACCAAAACAUGUACCUACAUUGGCAGUAUUGAAGCCUGGAGUGGUUACAGUUUAUGAGGAAAGUGGGACAUCUAAGAAAAUUUUUGUGUCAUCUGGUACCGUUACCAUAAAUGAGGAUAAUAGCGUGCAGAUUCUAGCAGAAGAAGCUCAUCCAGUAGAAAAUCUUGAUAAUGCAGCAGCAAGAGAUGUUCUUAGCAAAGCCCAGCAACAACUUUCAUCAGCAUCAUCAGAAAAGGAUAAAGCUGAAGCAGCUAUUGCAGUUGAAGUUGCAGAAGCUCUUGUGCAAGCUUCACAAUAAAUUAUUAAAAAUAAUAUGAAAUUACACACAUGAAUUUCACCACAUUACCAGUUUAGAGAGAGGCAUGUGUUCAAUACACUCUUGUCAUAAUUGCUGUACAAUAGUAUAAUGAUAAUAAAAGUAUGUUAAGUUACA